GGAGGAGCAUCAGUUCUCCACCAGAUCCUCAGAGAGUGAUGGACCAUCAGCAGGUCACCACACAAACACACACCGCCUCUUCUUCUUCUUCUUCUGCAGAGUUUGAGGUGAGGUGACCACGCAGGUGCCAAGGUGGUCUAGUCUGGUCUGGUCUAGUCUGGUCUGGUGCGUCCGAGCAGAGGUGCCCUUGAGAAAACACUCCCGACUGCAGCAAGAGGAGGAAAAAAAAAAAGAAGAAUUACCAAAAAAGAACAAAUGGACGAAAAAAUGAGGUGAUGGAGGUGUCGGAGAUGCUCAGGAAAUGAGAGAGGCGUGAAGGGAGUGGAGUUGAACACGGCGCAAAUCUGCUGCUUUUACCGGAAAGCAGGUGUUUGUCUCUGAAGUUUAAUCAUGGAGUCUGCUCAUCUCCUGGGGAGCUCAAAGAAGAGAGUAAAGAUCCAUCCUCAUACAGUCACAGCCAAAUAUGCCACACACACCCCCUACUCUCCUCAACCUGGAGUACACACACACUUCCCUCAACCCGGGGAUGACGGUUACGAUGACGCUCCAUCUUUCGAGGACUUCGGCUCCUUCCUAGAGGAGACGUCGGACAGAAAACAGCUGACAGAGGGUCGCAGGUGGCCUCUGACUCUGUUCGGCUCCAAAGACAAAGACAGGGACACGGCACACAAACUUCAGGCCACUGGGGGAGGAGACGGGGGUGAGGCGGGAGGAAGAGCAGCCAAGGGUUCCGGUAGAGGGGUAGGGGAACAGCUGGCUAGUUUUGGGGAGGCGUCUGUGUCUGCGUCUCGCCUGACCUGGGUGGGGCUGCUGGGCGCAGCGCUGGCUCAUGGCUCGUUGAUUGUUCUGACCCGUGUUUCCUCUGAACGCUUCAGCCUGGGUCCCCUGUUUCUGCUCUUGGUUCGGUCCAUCGUCCAGCUGGCUGCUGUGGCCGUGCCGCUGCACAGGGGGGAGAACCCUUUUGGACCAGAAGGCUAUCGUCUGCGUCUGCUUUUGUACGGCAUCGCCUACUCCCUGUCCCUUUGCUGUGCGUACUCCUCCUUGACUUUUGUCUCCCCUGGAAAUGCCACAACAACCUGGCGCCUCGCGACUACCGCCCUGUCGGCGACUCUGGCCUUCCUGCUCCUGGAGGAGAGGUUAGGGCUGGCCGACGGCAUCACCAUAGCUGCGGGGCUCUGCGGCUUGGGGCUCGUGUUACUUCCUGCGGCAGAUGAGAGCAACACCGAUUCACCCACCGACCCAGUGGUGUUCUGGAAAGGGGCGUUUGGCUGGUCCCUGUCUGCACUGGCCGGGUUGUGGAUGGCUCUGGCGCUGGUUGGAUACCGUUCCCUGAAGGAGCGUGUCGGAGUGGGUACGGCUCUCUUCACUGUCAGCUGGACCGGCUGCCUUCUGACGCCGGCCUCUCUGGCCCUGCUCCAGGAGGGCUGGUCCUGGCCCAUGAGCGUCCCGGCUUGGGGCCUGGUCCUGGCCCUGGUGGCCUGCUCGGUCCUGGCGUUCCUGGGGAUGACGCACGCUCUGACCCGACUCCACCCGGCCCUGGUCUCCGCCUCUCAGAGCCUGGAAGUACCUAUCGCCAUGCUGCUGCAUCUGGCCGUGCUGCCGUUGGCUCCCAGCGCUCCUGAGGUCGUUGGGAACGUGAUGGUCAUCCUGAGCGUCGGGUGGCUUGUGGCAAUGAAACUCCUCCCCUCUCGUGGAAGCAGUCGGCGCCAAAGGGAGGAGUAUGAAGAGAUUCUGGACUCACCCAUCAAGUAGACACAGCUUUGUCCUCUUUUAACACUUCCGUUUUUGUCACGCCACGAGAAUGAUUUAUUGUACAAGUGUUCACUGUACAUAAGAGACUGCUAAAUGUUUACUGGAGCUUUAUCUAUUUUGUAUUUUGUCCUCUUUGCUUUUGGGAAAGUGCCAAUAUUGUGUUGUCUGUUUUAGUGACUUUGUGAUGUGACAUUAAAAUCUCUGAUGAACACAACCCA